AUGGGAAAUCCUCCUUUCAAUCCAUAUUAUUUGGGUAAACUUACUGAACUUUGCCCAUCGAUACAAUGGAAUAUAUGGAAAAGCCUCACAACAGGGAAAUACCCUAUUGCCAUAGAACAAGCUAGUGAUAUUUAUCCGGAAAUAGAAAAAAAGAUUGACCGUGAAAUUCUGAAUUAUAAGAAUAGAAAACAACGACAGCAAACUUUGUUGCUUUUACGUAAUAUAUUAAUUACAAAUGUAUCCUUGCUAUGUCAUGGCUCGAUAUCUUUAUCCAAGAGAUUAAUGGAAGAAAGUACCACAGUUUCUACGCCACGAGAUUAA